GAAGCUUUGAUUGAACUGGGAAAAGAUUGCACUGAUUAUUUGUCUAAAAAUGACGUUAAAAGUGCGCUGAAACAAGUAGAAAAGUUUGAAUUCUUAUUGGGCAUAGUAAUAUGGUAUGAUGUUUUGCAUCACAUUAAUAAAGUCAGUAAAUUAUUACAAAGUGAAGAUAUGUGCAUGGAUGCUUGUAUAGUAAAUAUGAAUGCUUUGAUUAUUUAUUUAAACAAGUAUCGAAAUGAGGGGUUUGAAGAUGCAAUGAGUAGAGCAAAAGGUAUUGCUCUAGAAUUGGGGCUUGAACCUUGUUUUCCUGAAAGGCGAUCGAUCUGAAGGAAAAAGCACUUUGAUGAAGAUAAAGAAGAUGAUGAAGAUAAGUCGCCUCAAGAUGCUUUUAAGUGUUUUUAUUUUAAUGUUGUAAUGGAUGCUUGUUUGGCUUCUUUGCAAAGUAGAUUUGAUCAGAUGAAGGUUUUUCAAGGUAUUUUUGGGUUCUUGUUCAAUUCACGGAACUUGAAAUCAUUGGAUUCUGAUAAGUUGAGAGAUUGUUGUAAGAUACUUGCAGAAGCUCUACAAGAUGGUGAAAAGGAAGACAUUGAUAUGGAUGAUUUAUUUCAAGAAUUGAAAAUGUUGCAAAAUAUUUUAUCGGAUGAUUGGGACACAACCAUAAAAAUUCUUGAUUUUGUGAAGAACUUGUGUUGUUAUCCGAAUACAACAAUUGCUUACAGAAUACUGUUGACAAUACCUGUGACCGUUGCCACAGCGGAGAGAAGUUUUUCAAAGUUGAAGAUUCUGAAGAAUUAUUUGCGAUCGACUAUGUCUCAAGAAAGGCUGAAUGGACUAGCAAUUUUAAGCAUUGAGCAUGAGAUCUUGGAAAAGGUUGAUUAUGAAGCAAUUAUUGAUGAUUUUGCUUCACAGUGUUCAGCGAGAAACGUUUUUAAGUAAUAUUUUUCUUUUUAUGUGAUACUUGUUACAUUUCAUCAAACAUGUUAUUUAAAUAUUAAUAAAGUGAAUUUCGUCUUUAUU